GAAUAUCUUGUUUCCUAGUGUUUGGAAAAGAGCCUUAUAUGCUCCUGAUAGGAUUAGGGGAAAGCCUAUUGUAACCAAGGUAUAUCAGAGAAGGCAGAAUAAGUAAGUUUAGGGACUAAAGUAGAAUAAUAAAGUCUCUAAGGACUAGUUGUAUUUUCAGGAAGUCUUAGCUAUAAAUAGCUAAGCUGUUAUGUUAGGAGUUAGUUUUUAAUUAGUUGGGAAUUUGUAACUGAAUACUGGUAUUCAGUUAGACUGUGAGAGAAACUGGUUUCUCUCUCCCUCUGUAUCGUUCUCUUUCUUCCAUUCUAUGCAAUUCAUCUCAGUUUUCAUGGAGUUUCUCUCCCUUGUUCUGUGAUUUUCUUCCUGAUUCAGUAGUAUAGGAAUUACCAGUUCUAACACUGGUAUCAGAGCACCGAUCUUGGUGCCCUGAUUUGCUUCCGCUGAAGAAUUUGGGAAACUCUGAAGCUUGUAGCGAUGGUGGUGACUCGUGCGAAUUCACAGGGAGGAGACGACAAUGUUCCAGAGAAAGAAGAGCUUCGAGUGCGUAUGGAGCUCAAUGAAGCCAGAACGAAGCGUGUGGAGGAUGCGAUUCUGGAAAACGAGACCAGAGCGAAGAGAAUCGAGGAUUCCUUGUACGCUGUGCUUUCGAAAUUGGGAAUCACAACCAUUGACGACACCGUCACACGUGAAAUCAGAUCUGAAUGCGGAGUCGAAUUGAAUUCCGAACGCGACAAAGGAGGUAGCAGGUGGAGGAAGCUAGAGAUUCCGAUAUUCGGGGGAGAAGAUGCAUAUGGCUGGAUUCACAAAUUGGAACGCUAUUUUGAACUCAGAGGAGUCGCUGAUGAUGAACGCAUGCAGGCUACGCUGUUGGCUUUGGAAGGGAAAGCAUUGAGUUGGUUCCAGUGGUGUGAACGUUGCAAUCCAACUCCUACUUGGGAAGGUUUCAAACUCGCUGUGAUUCGAAGGUUUCAACCAGCGAUGGUGCAGAAUCCUUUUGAGUUGUUGCUUUCUUUGAAACAGAGCAGUACAGUGGAGGCUUACGUGGAGGAGUUCGAAAGGUACGUUGGAGCUCUGAAGGAGAUUGAUCAGGAUUUUGCAAAAGGAAUUUUCUUGAACGGUUUGAAAGAAGAAAUCAGAGUGGAGGUAAAGCUUUAUGAUUUGCCAACUUUAACUACUGUAAUCCAGAAAUCCUUGAUGAUAGAACAAAAGAAUCUGGUUUUGCAAAAAUCUAAUCCUGGAAGUAAUGCUAGAGGAAAUAGCUUUUACAGGAAUAAUUCAUUCAAUAAAGUAGUUACAUUUGAUGCCAAAGUUGUAGGGGAUAAGAAGGUGGAAUCUACACCUAGCAGUAGCAUAAGCUCUGCUUUGAGUACUGGACCCUCACUAAGAAGUGGAGAUUAUAGGCAGUUGACAAAUGCAGAGAUAAAGGAAAAAAGAGAGAAGAGGUUAUGUUUUAGAUGUGAUGAACCUUUUAGUAGGGAUCAUAAGUGUAAAAAUAAACAACUAAGAAUGAUUAUCAUGGAGGAGGAGGAUGAAGAAGAGAAUAUAGAGAUGGAAGCAGAGGAAGGGAAGUGUUUGAGUUCCUUGCAACUGUCUUUGCAUUCCAUGGCUGGAUUUACUUCAGCAAAAUCUUGGAAGGUGAAGGGGGUUCUAAAUGGACAGGAAGUAAUCAUCCUAAUUGACUGUGGUGCUUCACACAAUUUUGUUUCUCAGGAGAUAGUGGCACAGCUGAAAUUGCCUAUUACUCCAACAGCCACUUACACUGUGGAAGUGGGGGAUGGAUUCAAGAUCUCUUGUCAAGGGAGAUGUGAUGGUCAGUUGAUUAACAUCCAAGGUGUGUUAGUCCAACAAAAGUACUACUUAUUUGGACUGAAAGGUAUAGAUUUUGUGUUGGGAUUAGAUUGGUUAGCUGGACUGGGGGAGGUAAAGGCUGACUUUGGUAAGCUUCAGCUCACAAUUAAGCAGGGAGCAGAUUGGAAGAUGAUUACUGGGGACCCUGCACUGACCAGAAGCCAAGUCAGUAUGAGGACCUUCAUGAAUCUCCUCAGGAAAGAAGGAGAAGGCUGGUUAUUACACAUAACCAGUGAGGGCAUAGCUGCAACCACUAAUCCCUCUAUUCCCACUGAGUUAGUUGAAGUUCUGGGUGAGUUUGAUGCAGUUUUCCAGGAUAUUCAGGGGCUGCCACCAACCAGGAAGCAUGACCAUGCCAUUCACUUGAAAACUAGAGCUGAUAUUCCUAAUCUCAGACCUUAUAAGAUUCCUCAUUUCCAGAAGUCUGAGGUGGAGAACAUGGUGCAGGAAAUGUUGAAUUCAGGUAUCAUUAGGCCCAGUAUUAGUCCUUUUGCUAGUCCAAUUAUUUUGGUAAAGAAAAAAGAUGGGGGAUGGAGGUUUUGUGUGGACUAUAGAGCUUUAAACAAAGUCACUAUUCCAAACAAAUUCCCUAUUCUAGUUAUUGAGGAAUUGUUAGAUGAAAUUGGAGGGGCAACUGUUUUUUCCAAAUUGGACUUGAAGUCUGGCUACCAUCAAAUAAAAAUGAGAGAUGAGGAUGUUGCAAAAACUGCUUUUAGGACUCAUGAAGGCCAUUAUGAGUUCUUAGUAAUGCCUUUUGGCCUUACUAAUGCUCCUUCAACAUUUCAGGCUUUGAUGAAUGAUGUUUUGAAGCCAUUUCUGAGAAAAUUUGUCCUGGUCUUCUUCGAUGAUAUCUUGGUAUACAGCAAGAGUAUGGAGGCACACACUACUCAUUUGCAGCAGGUCCUAGCAGUUUUAGAUGAGAACUCACUCAGCCAACAAGAAGAAAUGCUCUUUUGGCCAAAGAAGCUUGGAAUACUUGGGCCAUAUAAUUUCUGGGCAAGGGGUUGCAGCUGAUGAAAAGAAAGUGGAAGCAAUGCAAAAUUGGCCAGUUCCAACAGAGAUAAAGGGACUAAGGGGAUUUUUGGGUCUGACUGGUUAUUACAGGAGGUUUGUAAGAGAUUAUGGAAAGUUAGCUAAGCCACUAACUGACUUAACCAAAAAAGAUGCAUUUAUUUGGACUGCAGAAGCUACUGUUUCUUUCCAGGCCUUGAAAAAUGCUAUGAUCAACCUCCCACUACUAGCAGUCCCAGAUUUUGACAAAGUUUUUGUCAUUGAAACUGAUGCUUCCAGCAAGGGAUUGGGGGUAGUGCUUAUGCAAGAGGGAAGACCUUUGGCUUAUUGGAGUAAGGGCCUUUCUUUGAGAUCUCAACAAAAAUCUGUCUAUGAAAGAGAGUUAAUGGUUGUGGUACAGGCUGUGCAAAGGUGGAAGCAUUACCUCAUGGGAAGGCAUUUCAUCAUAAAAACUGAUCAAAGAAGUUUGAAAUUCUUGACCGACCAGAGGCUUUUCAGUGAUGAGCAAUUUAAGUGGGCAGUUAAGCUAAUUGGCUUGGACUUUGAGAUACAAUUUAAGCCAGGGGUUGAGAAUAGAGUUGCUGAUGCUCUCUCUCGGAGGGAUAUGUACUCUGCUAUUUCCCUAGUGCAUUCUGAAGAAGCAGAGGACUGGGCAUAAGAGGCUGAUCAGGAUCCUACUUUGCAGAAAAUCAAACAAGACUUGUUAUUAAACCCUUCUUCUCAUUCAGGGUAUGAGCUGAAGCAAGGGGUUCUGAGGUAUAAGGGUAGGUUGGUGUUAUCCCCUCAAUCCAAUAGGAUUCCUGUGAUUUUGGCAGAGUGUCAUUCAACUGUAGCAGGGGGACAUUCUGGAAUUUUCAGGACUUAUAAGAGGGUGGCCAGUUUCCUCCAUUGGCCAGGCAUGAGGAGUGAUAUCCAGAAGUAUGUUUCUGAAUGUGAAGUGUGUCAAAGAAGUAAAUACCAAGCUCUGUCUCCAGCUGGGUUACUUCAACCACUUCCUAUUCCUGAUCAAGUGUGGCAAGACAUUUCCAUGGACUUUGUUGGGGGAUUGCCACGGGUGCGAGGAAAGGAUACAGUCUUUGUGAUAGUGGAUAGAUUAACAAAAUAUGCACACUUCCUUCCCCUAGGCCAUCCAUAUUAUGCCAUGGAUGUGGCAUUGUUGUUUACUAGAGAAGUAGUAAGGCUGCAUGGAUUCCCUGCCACCAUCAUCUCUGAUAGGGAUCCAAUUUUCCUCAGUAAUUUCUGGAAGGAACUAUUUAGGUUGGCUGGUACCUUGCUCAAAAUGAGCACUUCUUACCAUCCUCAGAUUGAUGGCCAGACUGAGGUAGUCAAUAGGUGCUUAGAGACCUAUUUGAGGUGCUUUGUUGGGCCAAAUCCUAGGAAAUGGUUAGAUGGACCGUCUUGGGCUGAAUAUUGGUACAAUACCAAUUUCCACAUUUCCGCGGGGAUGUCACCAUUCCGAGCUUUAUAUGGAAGGGAUCCUCCUAAUUUGGUGAGAGGUUGUGUGGAACCAACUAAGCUUGAAGAUUUGUCUCAGCUAGUUCAGCAGCGGGAUGAAUUGCUUCUUCAGCUCCAACAGAAUUUGCUCAAGGCUCAAUCAUCUAUGAAGCAUCAAGCUGAUAAGCAUCGAAGGGAUGUGGAGUAUGAUGUGGGGGAUUGGGUUUAUCUCAAACUUCAUCCCUAUAAGAUGAAGUCUUUGGCUGUUCGACCUUGUGCCAAGCUGUCAGCUAGGUUUUAUGGUCCCUAUCAGAUUUUAGCUAAGGUGGGAGAAGUGGCCUAUAAAUUAGAUUUGCCUUCUACUGCACAGAUUUACCCUGUUUUCCAUGUUUCCUUGUUGAAGAAGGCAGUGUCACAGGGUCAUACUCCUCAACCUUUACCUCCCAUGUUAAAGGAAGAUUAUCAGUUGGAGGUGGUACCUGCUGAUUUGCUCAACUGGAGAUAGAACUCUUCAGGCCAACUGGAGGUGUUAAUUGCUUGGAAGGAUUUACCUGACUGUGAGAACUCCUGGGAGUUGGCAGCCACUGUUUUGUCCAAAUUUCCUGAUUUUCCCCUUGAGGACAAGGUCAUACUUUUAGGGGGGGUAUUGAUAGGAUUAGGGGAAAGCCUAUUGUAACCAAGGUAUAUCAGAGAAGGCAGAAUAAGUAAGUUUAGGGACUAAAGUAGAAUAAUAAAGUCUCUAAGGACUAGUUGUAUUUUCAGGAAGUCUUAGCUAUAAAUAGCUAAGCUGUUAUGUUAGGAGUUAGUUUUUGGUUAGUUGGGAAUUUGUAACUGAAUACUGGUAUUCAGUUAGACUGUGAGAGAAACUGGUUUCUCUCUCCCUUUGUAUCGUUCUCUUUCUUCCAUUCUAUGCAAUUCAUCUCAGUUUUCAUGGA